AUGCCUCGCAAGUCGCGGCCGGCGACGCCCAGCAUGAUGCUGGGCCCUCUUGGAGGUCCAAACUCACCGCCUCAUACCCCUGCCACCACCGUGCCAAUGGCGAACCGCAAGUUCGCUGCACGACACUUGCCGCAAUGGCAUCACCAAAUCAUACUGGAUGACUCCAGCAUUCAGCCUACUGGCAAUGGCCACGAAUUCAGCUUUACGCCCUCUAAUCGCUUCGCUGAGUUGUCACCGCGCACUUCCUCGGAAGACUCCUCUGAGUCUGAUGAAGAGGAGGAAUCCGAAUCCGAACCCGAAUCUGAACAACGCCAGGUAUCCCACGUAAGACCUAAGGCCAAUGACGACGAAGACGACGACGACGACGAAGAUGAAGACAGCGAUGAUGAAGACGACGAUGAAGAUUCAGACGACGAAGAAUCGGAAGACUCAGACGAUGAUACGCCUAUGCGCUUUGCUCCUCCGGCCCCGGCUCCAAUGCCGGCCCCGAUGCCAGCAUCCGUAUCCGCCUCCAUGUUCGCUCCGAGGCCUGUGCCCACGCCGGCCUCUCGUAUGGCCGUUGACAGCAGUUCCGGAGAGGAAUCAGAUGAGGAGGAAGAAGAUGAAGACGAAGACGAGGAGUCCGACUCUGAUUCGGAAGCAGAGUCUUUGGCUACCCCUCCUAUCCAAGAGGUUCCCCAGGCAACACACAUUAUCACCGCUACCACCACUUCAACUGUAAAGGCGAAUUUCACGCUGGAAGAGCUUUCCGACUUUGACCCAAUGGAUCAAGACCGCAGUGGCACCAUUGCCCCCUCCGGCUUCUCCUCCCCAUCCUCUGCUCGCUCUCGAUCACGGGCACCACCGCCUAAAGGGCUCCCUCCUGGCUUCACGCAGGAGAUGAGAAAUCUCGGAUUUGAUGGAUCCAGCUCUGAAGGUUCGGAUAACGACCUGGAUGCCGAUGAGGCUCACCGCGAGUUUGUGCGCAUGCAACGGGAGCUGAAGAUGCGCAAGCGGCGGUCCCACGGAUCUAGCAUUGGCAAGCGCACCAUAUCAGAGCGUAGCGACUCUGACCACGAAGAUAUGACACCCCUCGACGCAGACGAUGUUGGCUCCAGCGCCCGCAGACUCCGGCGACGCUACGGAGAUAGCCACAGACACAGCUUUAUCCUAUUCCAAGACCCACCUCCGCCUCGUAUCGACGAAGUCGAGGAGCCCGAGAGUGAGGUUGAAGGCACUUUUAUCUUUUGCGAUAGCGGCACGCUGGCGCGAGAGCUUCCCUACUAUUCCAUCGAGAUUAUGGAGUACGAGAGUCCCAGUCCCAGUCCUAGCCCAUGA